UUAUAAAAGUCGCAUGUUGUACGACAAUCCCAAUAUCAGAGGAGGAAAGUCUGCCAGAGGCACUGCCAGCAUGGGGAAUCUGUGGCUUCCAAUUGUUCUGCUACUAGGGCUGAAGAUUGACGCAGGACAGACUCAGACAAAAUAUAUCACAGCCUUCAUGGAAAACUAUGCCGUAUCCACAGAUACAACGUUCCAGCUGUAUCUUUUGACAUAUAAUAAGACAGCCUCAGUCACGGUCACGGUGUCCAAUCCGCAUUUCAGCAAGACGGUUUUCAUUGAGAGGGAAAGCAGUGCACUAGUGAACUUUGACUACACAUAUAUGAUCACUGAAAGCCAAAAGACUUCCAAGGCUGUGCUGGUGACAUCCGACGUUGACAUAUCUGUCUUUGCUUUCUACACACAUAUAAUUUCUGCUGACGCCAUGGCUUGCCUUAGUCUUGAAGACCUUGGAACAGAGUAUUACAUAUCAACUACUGGACCAAGAACAAGCAAUCAAUUUGCUGUGGCCAAUGGCCUAGAAGAAGUUGUCUCAGUGACUGUGACCAUCUCUGGGUCCAUCACCUUUAAAGGCCUCUCCUACUCCAGUGGAGAUUCCUUCUCAUUCCAACUUGAGUAUCAACAAGUCGUUCAGUUUAAAAGUGCAGAUGACCUCACAGUCACCAGGGUCUCAUCCACAGCCCCAGUGGCUGUUUUCAGUGGCCAUACAUGCUUUUCCGGGAUCAACAAUGCAUGUGAUUCCUUGGCCGAGCAGCUACAUCCUGUGAAGAACUGGGGGAGCUCUUUUGUUGUGUUUCCAUUGUUGAACCACACUAAAGAUGUCAUUAAAGUUAUAUCUGCAAGUCCAGAUACUACAGUGGAUAUUAAUGGUCUGAACGGGGACACCCACCACAGCCUACAGAAUGGAUCCUAUAUCGAAAUCACUGUAGACAAAGGAAUGACUAUUAAGUCCACCAAAUCCAUUAUGGUGACAUACAUCUUCCAAGAUUUUAUACCAGGAGUAGUUACAGUGUAUGACCCCUUUAUCACUAACGUCCCACCCUCAUUAGUCACAAGGAUGUAUUACAGAUUUGUAACACAGGCAAGAUACUACAACUUCCUCCUGAUUGUAUCCCAGGCAUCUGCAUCUGAUGGGUUCUACCUGGACCACCGUCAGCUAAGUUCAUACAGCGUUUCAUUGAAAACUUUCAGUGGAUUCCAUGCUUGGGAGGUCUCUUUGGGUAAAACUGAUGGACAACAUGAAAUAUAUCAUGAGUCAAUGCCGUUUACAAUCUACGUUUACGGAAUUGAGAACUAUGUUUCCUAUGGUUACUCAAUGGGACAGGAAGCAAUAUAUGCAGCACCAACAGAUGAACCAGCACCAACAGAAGACCCUGAACCUGAGGGCACACUAAGCUGUCUCUCUCGUGGGGCUGAAUACCAUCUACCCCUCAGCUUGGUGACUGAGGCCAAUCUCAAUGUGUCUGAUAUCCACCUGGAAGACCCUCUGUGUAAGGCGGAGCUGAAGGGAGAUGUCACUCUUAUUAAAAUACCGUUCAGUAGAUGUGGAUCUGAUGUCUUGAGUGAAGAUGGGAAGACAUACUAUGUAAAUACCAUCUACGGAACAAUCCCAGAGACCAGAGUACACCGCAUUGAGAUCCCAGUGAGGUGUGAAAUAGAAACCAAUGAGACCCUUGGGUUCCACUUUCACCCUAAAGUCACAGAUGUGGUCUAUAAGAGUCACUAUAACGUCUCCCUGAAGCUCUAUCAGAACAGCGACUUUACCAACCUGGUUACCAGGUAUCCUUAUGCGGUUGACAUCCAUGGUCAUCUACACGUGGAGUUCAGAGUGGAUUCAGGUGAAACGGGGAUACAGAUAAUGGCAGAAAACUGCAGGGCUUCCCCGUCACUCGAGGAUACAGAGAAGACAUACAAUCUCGUCCAGCACGGGUGUUCCAGCGACUCUACCUUGCAGACUCACCCGGUCUCAAAUCACAGGCUACAACGCUUCAGUGUCCAUUAGGUUUUACGACUUCCAGGAGGUUUAUCUGACCUGCAACGUCAUCAUCUGUCACAAUGAAACUUCUCCAAACCACUGUACACAAGGCUGCAACAU